GGAGCGCGCCGCCGGAGGCGAGCCCUGGGAUCGCGGAGCCAGGGAGGGGGAGAGAGGGGCGGGGAGAGGCAGAGCCGAGGGAGGGAAAGAGCGAGAGAAGAGGGCGACUGGAAAGGCCGAGAGCCAAAGGCAGAGGAGAGCCAGGGAGGGCGAUCGCGGGCUUAACAAGGGCUGCACUUGGAAUUAUAAUAAAAAUCAGGCACUCGCGGGACGCAUGCGCACAGAGGACGGAGGCGAGCUGGCCCCAGCCACCCCUCCGGCUCUCCGGGUGGACUGAGGAACCCCAAUGGGGUCAGAAUGGAUGGAGAUGCGGAAGCGGCCGGUGUGCGCAGCCCAGGAGCCCGCAGCCUGCACCCCUGGCCAGCCCGGAGUAGAGAACCAGGGGUCCAACGCUUGCUGCUUCUGCUGGUGCUGCUGCUGCAGCUGUUCUUGUCUCACUGUAAGAAACCAGGAGGAACAAAGACUUAGAAGGACUUCUUAUGAAGUCAGAACAGAAGACCUUCCCACCUGUGAAGAAAGCCCGGGUCCCACCCUGGAGGAGGCCAGCGCCUGGGCUCAGUCCUUCGACAAGCUCAUGCUCACGCCCGCGGGCAGGAACGCCUUCCGGGAGUUUCUGCGGACCGAGUUCAGCGAGGAGAACAUGCUCUUCUGGAUGGCGUGCGAGGAGCUGAAGAAAGAAGCGAAUAAAGCCAUGAUUGAAGAGAAAGCGAGGGUCAUAUACGAAGACUACAUUUCCAUUCUCUCUCCUAAGGAGGUCAGCCUGGACUCACGUGUGAGGGAGACCAUCAACAGGAGCAUGGCCGAGCCCUCCCGGAACAUCUUCGAUGAUGCCCAGCUGCAGAUCUACACGCUGAUGCACAGGGACUCAUACCCCCGCUUCACAAACUCCGCUCUCUACAAAGACCUGCUCCGCUCCUUAUCCGAGAAAGCAGUGGAAGCCUAGGAUGUCAAAGAUAUUUAUUAUUAAUAAAAUAACCCAAGAACUCGUGGGCUCCGUCUAGGACAGGGACUUUAGAGGCGGUAGUGUCUUCUGCUGGUCGUGCUCGGGCUGUUUUAAUAACAGAUGCUUUCUUCUGCAGAAAACUGAUACAUGCACCAAGAAAACUGCAGCCACCUUUCCUGAUCCUUUUGGAAAGACUGGGGUAUGGCUGUGUAGAGAGGUUGUGUAGUUACAUUUACGGUGACAGUAGUGUGUUGUCAAGUGACAAAGGAUACACAAGAAGAUGCCACAUUGCCUUCAAAGAGUACAUCAUGGGAACAAACAGGACCCAGAUUCCCAUUUUAUAAAAAUGUGACUGGUACUUGUAAAAUUGGUACCCUGCUGUAUCUUAGGAUACAUGUAUGUAUUGCUAAAUGCGUAUAUAUGUUUAUGUGUAUCUUACAUGGUUGAUGUAAAGCGCUGUGCUCUUAACUGGAUCAGCCUCAAAAGUUUGGUAAGAGAAGCAGUGUUUAGAAAAUCCUUUUGAUGACAAGUUACCUUUAUUUUUUAUUACCAGAGCCUGCCAACCUAAAGAAUGAAUUUUCAACUUAGUGACAUUCAUCACAAACAUUCAAAUAAGCAUAUUUCCUUUUUUAGUACUGAAAGAAACAUGGGCAUUUUCACUCUAAAAAAAUAAAGCACAAGAGUUUUAUCUCA